UCUGAUCUGUUCUGAUUUGAUUGUCAUAUCCAAUUUGCAUCUUGGCUUGAAUCUUGAAUAGUUUUGAUCUUUUGGGCAUUUGAGUCGUAUACAUUGAUUUCCUUUUUACUUGUUUAUACUUAAAGUGAUCAGCGAAUUCUGAAUCUUAGAGGGUUUUGUCGAAUAAUUUUGUUUUGCUUGAUUGGGGAAUGAAUGGAUUAUUAGUUUCAUUACACCCAUUCUGAAGUCCUUUCUUAAUUACUGAAAUUAAGUUUCAAUUAUUCCUUUUUUCCCCUUAAGUUUCAAUUAUUCAGCUUGGAGACUUUUCUUUUUCCAAAAUAUAAUAUUUUUCACCUUGGUAAUGAGUUAUCACGAAGCUUAACUUGGACUUAGUUUUUAGGUACGUUUUAGAGGAUCCAUAGUAACAACCCCAUAUAAUAUAGCUUUUUGAAGGUUUUCAAGGGUAUAUUUGAAGGAACUUUCUUUGUUGUUUGAGUGGAAAGAAUAAUUAAAGAUCUUGUUACGAUUAGGAUUUAUGCUGGUUUUGUUUGUGUCUAGGAGAAAAAAAAGUGAUGUUGUUUCUGUAGUUCAAUUUCAUUCAUUGAUUGGGAACGUAUGGAAUAGAACUGUCAGACCUGGAUACUUCUUUUGCAGAUUCGAAAGCAGUAAAUAAUAUUUUCCAGAAUUGUGGCAGAAAGGUGCAAUUUUUUCUGAGGAUGUUGAUGAAGUGAUGAUAAUGUGAAUUCAGAUUCAAAGUUGUAAUGCUCAUGAGUACAUAAACUAUUUAUUUAUCACGGCAUGGAUUCAUCUGCUGGACAUCCGCGGGAUACAUCUGUUGUUGUUGUUACACUGGAAUCUAGUGAAGUAUAUAUUGUUGUUAGUUUGUCUUCAAGGACCGACACUCAGGUGAUCUAUGUUGAUCCCACAACUGGAAAUCUUCGAUACAAUGAAAAGACAGGAUAUGAUGUUUUCAAUUCUCAAAGUGAAGCCUUAGAUUAUGUGACGAAUGGUUCAAAAUGGCUGUGCAAGAGUAUAACCUAUGCCAGGGCUGUGCUAGGAUAUACGGCCCUUGGGAGCUUUGGUUUACUUCUUGUUGCGACAAAGUUGUCAGCCAGCAUUCCAAAUUUGCCUGGGGGUGGAUGUGUAUAUACAGUAACUGAGAGCCAAUGGAUCAAGAUUUCACUUCAAAACCCUCAGCCACUGGGUAAAGGUGAAUUAAAGAAUGUUCAAGAAGUGACAGAGCUUGACAUUGAUGGCAAGCAUUAUUUUUGUGAAUCGAGGGACAUUACUAGACCUUUUCCAAGUCGUAUGCCCUUGCAGAAUCCUGAUGAUGAAUUUGUGUGGAAUAAAUGGUUUUCAGUGCCCUUCAGAAAGAUUGGACUUCCAGAGCAUUGUGUCGUUCUUCUGCAGGGCUUUGCAGAAUCCCGAAGUUUUGGAAGCUUAGGUCAGCAAGAAGGGGUUGUUGCCCUCACUGCUCGGCGUAGUAGGCUGCACCCUGGGACUCGGUAUCUGGCAAGGGGCUUGAAUUCUUGCUAUAGUACAGGCAAUGAAGUUGAAUGUGAGCAACUUGUGUGGAUUCCAAAAAGGGUUGGGCAAAGUGUUCCUUUCAAUACUUACAUCUGGAGAAGAGGCACUAUUCCUAUCUGGUGGGGUGCUGAGUUAAAGCUGACUGCUGCAGAAGCAGAAAUCUAUGUUGCGAGUCGUGACCCUUAUAAAGGAAGUGCUCAAUAUUAUCAGAGGUUAACUAAAAGAUAUGAUGCCAGAAACCUAGAUGUAGCUGCUAGCGGGAAUCAGCGAAAGAUUGCCUUUGUUCCAAUUAUAUGUGUUAACUUGCUUAGGAAUGGUGAAGGCAAAUCAGAAUCGAUUUUAGUUCAGCAUUUUGAGGAAUCUUUGAAUUACAUUAGAUCAAUUGGAAAACUACCUUACUCUCGGGUUCAUUUAAUAAACUACGAUUGGCAUGCCAGUGUGAAGUUGAAAGGAGAACAACAAACAAUUGAAGGACUUUGGUACCUUCUAAAAGCACCCACCAAUGCUAUAGGCAUCACUGAAGGGGAUUAUCUGCCUUCUCGUCAGCGCCUCAAAGAUUGCAAAGGUGAAGUAAUUUACAGUGAUGACAUUGAUGGAGCAUUCUGCUUAAGAUCACAUCAAAAUGGAGUGAUACGUUUCAAUUGCGCUGAUUCUUUAGAUAGGACCAAUGCUGCUAGUUUCUUUGGUGCCCUCCAGGUUUUCGUGGAGCAGUGCAGACGGUUAGGUAUAUCACUUGACAGUGAUUUGGCAUAUGGCUAUCAGUCAUAUAACAACAAUGGGGGUUACACAGCUCCAUUACCCCCUGGCUGGGAAAAACGGACUGAUGCUGUAACCGGCAAAACAUAUUUUAUUGAUCACAACACAAGAACAACUACUUGGAAUCAUCCCUGCCCAGAUAAACCGUGGAAGAGAUUUGAUAUGACAUUUGAGGAGUUUAAGAGAUCGACGAUCUUAUCACCUGUGUCUCAAUUAGCAGAUUUGUUUUUGGUUGCUGGUGAUACCCAUGCAACAUUGUAUACUGGUUCCAAAGCUAUGCACAGCCAAAUUCUUAGCAUAUUUAAUGAAGAUGCAGGCAAAUUUAAACAGUUUUCUGCUGCACAGAAUAUGAAAAUUACCCUUCAGAGAAGGUAUAAGAAUGCAGUUGUAGAUAGUUCUCGUCAGAAGCAACUGGAGAUUUUUCUUGGACUAAGGCUUUUCAAGCAUUUUCCAUCAAUUCCAAUCCAGCCAUUACAUGUUGCAUCUCGUCCCACUGGAUGCUUUCUAAAGCCAAUCGUGAACAUGUUCCCGAUUUCUGAUGGUGGAGCAAGUCUUCUUAGUUUUAAAAGAAAAGCAAUGACAUGGGUCUCCCCACAGGCUACCGAUGUGGUUGAGCUCUUUAUUUACCUUGGCGAGCCUUGUCAUGUUUGUCAGCUACUUCUCACUGUUGCACAUGGUUCUGAUGAUUCAACGUUCCCAUCGACAGUUGAUGUCAGGAUAGGGCGUUAUCUAGAUGGACUUAAACUUGUUCUGGAGGGAGCUUCUGUACCACAGUGUGCAAAUGGGACAAAUAUUUUGAUACCAUUGUCAGGACCAAUUAGCGAAGAGGACAUGGCUAUCACUGGUGCACGUGCACGCCGUCAUGCCCAAGAUACUUCCACCCUUCCAUUAUUGUAUGAUUUUGAGGAACUUGAAGGAGAAGUGGAUUUUCUUACUCGUGUUGUUGCACUCACGUUUUAUCCUGCUGCGGAUGGUGGAGGCCCUAUAACUCUUGGUGAGAUUGAGAUACUUGGAGUGCCUCUUCCUUGGAGGUUCAUAUUGAAACAUGAAGGCUCUGUAACUAGAUUUGCUGAACAAGCAGAAACCCAUCAUGAUACUAAUAACCCUUUUCUGACUGAGACCGAACACAAUCCUUUUGCUUCUGCUUUAGCCACUGAUGCACAAGCAAACUCGUCUGCUGACUUAUGGGUAGACCUUUUAACGGGAGAAAGCAGAAUUCCAGAUUCUAACAGGCAGCCGGCGACAGAAACUGUCUUCCACGGCGGAGAUGACUUGCUUGACUUCUUGGAUGAUGCUAUUGUGCAACAACCAAAAGAAGCUAAUAGUUUUUCCAAGAGCACAUCUAAAGGGCCUACUGACAAUAACACUCAACGCUAUUUGGAUUGUUUCAAACUGCUUGUUGGACCCCAAAUGGAGAGGAAAAUAAGUUACAUGGCAGCUAUGAAACUUGAAAUUGAACGCUUUCGCGUGAACCUCUCCGCUGCUGAAAGGGAUAGGGCAUUGUUGUCAAUUGGCGUUGAUCCUGCCAGUAUAGAUCCAAAUCUGCUGCUUGACGAUUCUCGUAUAGGAGGAUUGUGCAGGGUAGCAAACAUCCUUGCUUUGCUUGGACAUGCUUCUCUUGAGGAUAAAAUUACUGCUUCCAGUGGUCUUGAGUUUGCUGAUGAUAGUGCUAUAGAUUUCUGGAAUAUAGCAGGAGUGGGGGAGAUAUGUAUGGGUGGGACAUGUCAAGUUCAUGCUGAAGAUGGGCCUGUAUUGCAUACACUCUCUGUUUCCACUACUGCACAAGCCUCUUUUGUGUGUUCUGAAUGUGAGAGAAAGGUUUGUAAAGUUUGUUGUGCUGGGAAAGGGGCUCUUUUACUUGCUAUGGUUAACUCUAGGGAGGUUGCUAGCUACAACGGCGUGAAUAGCCAGGGAGGAGCAAUCUAUGCAAACUCAGUUGAUUUAUCCUCAAAUCAUUCCAUGAUACUUGAUGGUGUCAUUUGCAAAGCCUGCUGCCAUGAUGUUGUGCUUGAUGCAUUAAUCUUGGACUACAUCAGGGUUUUGGUUGGGCAGAGGAGGAAAGCUCGCGCAGAUACUGCUGCUCAAAAAGCUGUAGACCAUGUGAUCAGAUUUACUUCGAGGAAUAAUUGCCAACUGACUCCAACAGCGUAUAUGGAAUUAUUUAAUGGAGAGGAAUCACUUGCUGAGUUUCCAUUUGCAAGCUUUUUGCACCCGGUUGAAACAGCAGCAGGUUCUGCACCAUUCAUGUCAUUGCUAGCUCCAUUGAAUUCUGGAGCACAAGAUUCAUUUUGGAGAGCUCCCCACAGUGCUGCCUCUGUUGAGUUUGUCGUUGUCCUUGGUGAUUUAUCUGAUGUUUGUGGUGUUGUUCUUCUAGUUAGUCCUUGUGGCUACUCGAUGACAGAUGCUCCUGUUGUUCAAAUUUGGGCAAGCAAUAAAAUCCACAAGGAAGAAAGAUCAUGUAUGGGGAAAUGGGAUAUGAGAUCUCUGAUCACGUCUUCCUCUGAGCUUUGUGGACAAGAAAAGUCUUCUGAAGUGCCUAGACAUGUAAAAUUUUCUUUUCGCAAUCCUGUUCGCUGCCGCAUCAUUUGGAUAACAUUGCGUCUACAAAAAAUUGGCUCGAGUUCUGUAAAUUUUGAGAAAGACUUGAGUCUUUUGUCUUUAGAGGAGAACCCAUUUGCGGAGCCUGUGAGGCGUGCCUCCUUUGGAGGAACAGUUGAAAGUGACCCAUGCCUUCAUGCCAAAAGAAUCUUGGUGGUCGGAAGCCCAAUGAGGAAAGAUGUUGGUGCAUCAAGUCAAGGCUCUGACCAGAUAAAUACAAGAAAUUUGUUGGAUAAACCUCUUCCACUAAAUAGAUUCAAGGUCCCAAUUGAGGUCGAGAGGCUAACUGACAACGACCUUGUAUUAGAACAGUUUCUACCCCCAGUUUCACCUAUGGUGGCAGGUUUUCGUCUUGAUGGUUUUAGUGCAAUAAAACCUCGAGUCACCCAUUCGCCACCUCCACAGCAGGUGAAUCCAUGGGAUGUUUCUUCAUGUGUAUUGGAGGAUAGAUUCAUAUCUCCAGCUGUAUUGUAUAUUCAAGUGUCUGCUUUCCAGGUACGAAGACAAACUAACAUUUUAUCAACUGAUAGUUUUCGCUGUCAACAAACUGUUGGACAUCCUUCUUGUGAAUUGAUUCCAUGGUUGAUCUUGAAAAGCUAUAGCUUUUUUAUCCGAUUUUAGCUCUAGACACCAAUGCAUUUAGAUGAAUCUCCUCACUGGUGCAAAAUCUCAGUUUG